UUUCAGAUCCAAAAGCUCAUAGUAUGUACAGAAUUGUGGCUCCCUGGAUUGGGUAUGGUUUGCUCCUGUUGAAUGGGGAGACAUGGUUCCAGCACCGCCGGAUGUUGACCCCAGCCUUCCACUAUGACAUCCUGAAGCCCUACGUGGGAAUCAUGGCUGACUCUGUCAGAGUGAUGCUGGACAAAUGGGAGCAGCUUAUUGGACAGGACUCCCUAGAGAUUUUUCAGCAUGUCUCCCUGAUGACCCUGGACACCAUCAUGAAGUGUGCCUUCAGCCACCAGGGCAAUAUCCAGCUGGAGAGGAAUUCCAAGUCCUACAUUCAGGCUGUUGGGGAUAUGAACUACCUGUUUUUUUCUCGGGCGAGGAAUGUCUUUCAUCAGAAUGACACCAUCUACAGACUGACCUCUGAUGGCCGCUUGUUCCACCAUGCCUGCCAGCUUGCCCAUGAGCACACAGAUCAAGUGAUCCGGCAGAGGAAGGCUCAGCUGCAGAAUGAGAGAGAGCUGGAGAAGAUCAGGAAGAAGAGGCACUUGGAUUUCUUGGACAUCCUUCUGUGUGCCAAAAUGGAGAAUGGGAGCAGCCUGUCUGAUGAGGACCUGCGUGCCGAGGUGGACACCUUCAUGUUUGAGGGCCUUGACGCCACAGCCAGUGCUAUCUCCUGGAUCUUCUAUGCUCUGGCCACACACCCUGAGCAUCAGCAGAAGUGCAGGGAGGAGGUCCAGAGCCUCCUGGGGGACGGAGCCUCCAUCACCUGGGACCACCUGGACCAGAUGCCCUACACCACCAUGUGCAUCAAGGAGGCCCUGAGGAUCUAUCCACCAGUACCAGUUGUUGUCAGAGAUCUCAGCACACCUGUCAUUUUCCCUGAUGGACGCUCCUUACCCAAAGGUUUCAUGGUCACACUCUCCAUUUAUGGCCUUCAUCACAAUCCGAAGGUGUGGCCAAACCCAGAGGUGUUUGACCCUUCUCGAUUUGCACCUGGAUCUUCUCGACACAGCCACUCCUUCCUGCCCUUCUCAGGAGGAUCAAGGAACUGCAUUGGGAAACAAUUUGCCAUGAAUGAGCUGAAAGUGGCCGUGGCCCUGACUCUGCUUCGUUUUGAGCUACUGCCAGAUCCCACCAGGAUUCCUGUACCCAUGUUACUCCCUGUGAUGAAGUCCAAGAAUGGAAUCCACCUGCAUCUCAGGAAGCUCCAAUAAUUCUGGUGGAAGAGAGGACAUGUCUGCAGGCCAGCUGCUUGACGUUUUGUGUUUCUGUCACCUGUUCUUGUACACCUUCCAUUGCCCCCAAACUGCUUUCAAUCUUUUAAUCUGCCCUUCUCCCACCUGCCCACUCUCCUGCCUCCUGUCCUGUUUGUUGGCCCUCUGUCUCUCACCUAACCCCAGGCUCCCUACCUGUUUCUUUUUCCAUCUGUCUCUCACCUGCCUGUAUCUCUAUCCCCUGGUCACCUGCCUGCCCACCACCCUGUCUGUCCUUUACCAAUCAUUUUCCCUUGUGCUGCUUGUCUGUCCAUCUGAGUUGCCUACUGUUGCUAUAAAAAUGACAACAACCUCAGUGGCUUUGUAUGACAGAAAUCUAGUUCCUUUUGGUUCUGAAAAUCAGAGUUCUAACAUGGAUUCAUUGCAGUGUACCCAAGGUUAUUGGAGUACCACAGCACAUCUGUUACCUGGAGCUAUAUUGCUGGGCUUCAGGACCCAUGGUCAAUAUUCAAAUCCUGCAACACCGUUGAAUCUCUCUACUUCUGUCUUCACAUCAAAUCUUUAUCAUAAGGACCUUUUUGAUAACAUUGUGCCCACUGUGUUACUAAGACAUGAUCAUAGUUCUCCCAGGGAGUUGAGGAUGUGUACAUAAAUGAGCCAUUAUUCAUCCUAGCACAAUUCCUUCCUGAUUGUCACCCAAUCUGUCCAUGUAUAUCUCUCCUGAAAAUCUAUUAUAUAAACCUUUUCUUCUCUCCCUCCUGCAAUAAAGUUCACAAAUUUUUAUGAA